GUUUUCUCACACUCCUGCAUCAGCCAGAUCUGCAGAUCCAGCCUCUUUUUCAACCUCAGAGGUGUGGUCAUUCCCCCGACUGGCUUCCUCUCCCAUACCUGCAAGACCUCACUGAAGUACUUCCAGUCACAGCCCAGGACCACCGGGGAUUUGGACGUGAGAAGUGGGGCAAGUAUCGCCUAGCACUGGACUGGAACUCAGAAGACCUGGGUUUAUUCCUAGCUCUGCAACUGGCCUUGCUGGGUGACCUUGCACAAGUCUCUGUACCUCAGUUUCCCCAUUUGGGGAUAAUGAUACUGAGCUCCUUUGUCAACUGCUUUGUGAUCUGCGGAUGAAGCAUGAAGAGACAGAAAAAUGAAAACCCACCCAGCCAUCGUUUUCCUCCUCCUCUUCGUCGUCAGUUAUGGCUCUUCUGAAAACUCAAGUACGUCCAGAGGGUGUGGACUGGAUCUUCUCCCCCAGUAUAUUUAUCUGUGUGACUUGGAUGCCAUUUGGGGAAUAGUAGUGGAGGCAGUUGCUGGAGCAGGAGUGCUGACGACAUUGCUGUUGAUGCUGAUUUUGCUAGUGAGGUUGCCAUUCAUCAAGGACAAAGAGAAGAAGAGCCCAUUGGGAAUGCAUUUCCUCUUUCUCUUUGGGACACUAGGACUGUUUGGACUGACUUUUGCAUUCAUCAUACAGGAAGAUGAAACAGUAUGUUCCACUCGAAGGUUUCUGUGGGGAGUUAUCUUUGCGUUGUGCUUUUCCUGUUUGCUAGCUCAAGCCUGGAGAUUGCGCAAACUAGUUCGACAUGGUAAAAGUCCAUCUGGCUGGCAUCUAGCUGGCAUGGCAAUCUGUCUUAUGCUGGUCCAGGUCAUUAUUGCAACGGAGUGGCUAAUACUAACCAUUGUGAGAGAUAAGAAGCUGGCCUGCAAUUAUGAGCCAGUGGAUUUUGUUAUGGCUUUGAUUUAUGUUAUGUUCUUGAUGAUGGUUACCAUGGGAGUCUCUCUGUUCACCCUGUGUGGAAAGUUUCAGAAGUGGAAGAAAAAUGGAGGAUGCCUAAUUGUAACAGUUUUUUUCUCGAUUCUAAUUUGGGUAGCUUGGAUAACUAUGUACCUGUUUGGCAAUACUGAACUGAGGAAAAAAGACAAAUGGAAUGACCCCACUCUUGCCAUUGCACUGGUGUCCAGUGGUUGGGUGUUUGUUAUUUUUUACGCUAUCCCAGAAGUUCACUGCACCAUUCUUCCAUCACAGCAAGAAAACACACCCAAUUAUUUUGAUACUUCGCAACCAAGAAUGCGUGAAACUGCUUUUGAGGAAGAUAUACAACUUCCUCGGAGCUACAUGGAAAACAAAGCCUUUUCAAUGGAUGAACAUAAUGCAGCUUUAAGAACGGCAGGAUUUCGCAAUGGCAGCUUGGGAAGCCGACCUAGUGCUCCCUUUAGAAGCAAUGUUUAUCAGCCAACUGAGAUGGCAGUUGUGCUAAAUGGUGGGACUAUACCAACUGCUCCGCCAAGUUACACUGGAAGACACCUCUGGUGAAAGGCUAUAGGUUCUAGAGAUAAGAAUCUUUGUUACAAAUGUUAUUCCCUGGCAGUGUGUCUUUCUAAGGGAGGAAUCAAUAAUACCACAACAAAGCAGCCAGACAUCCAGGAGCUUUGGAAUCCUUGAGAGGAUUUUAUGUAAAUGUGAAUACUGUUGAACUGAUGAGCUAAUCACAAAAACAAAACUCUUCAAAAUUCAAGAUAAAUUUAAUUAAAAAUAGAAAUAGGCACACUUUGAAAUGGAAGAGAGGACAUUGCGCUUUCUUAAAUGUGAGAUAUAACCUGCCUGUAACUAGUGUGCGAGGCAAGCCUGAUUUUGGUUGGUUUCCAGCUGUUUGCAAAAAAACAACUCCCUCUCCCGCCCCAACUCUCCCGUACCAACUUAAUCCAUGCUGCCAUAAGAGAUUGCCACUACAGUGUGAAAGUAUGCAGGGUUUCUUCCUACUUUAUUUUUUUUUCUCUUCAAGUGUCGUGAAGUGUCUUGGUUGCUUCAUUAUCCAUCUCUGCUGUGAAUGUCAUCUAGGGUCAUCGUCAGUCUCUGGCAACUAAAUUACCAUUAGUCAACGAGACAUGAUCCACUUAAGGGGAGUGGGGGAGGAGUAUCAAAUUUGGUUGUGGUGAAAGGAAAUGACUGUGCAUGCUUCAUGCAACUUUGUGAAGCAUCUCUAUGGCAAGAGUGAAGGUAGAGUCAGAUCAUCUCAGCAAUGUAGAAUCAGACACUGCAGUUCAAGAUGCCCUGUUGAUGCAGUCUUACUCCAGAGUAAAAGCAAAGAACCACGUGUUCUCAAACCCUCGAAUUUUUUUACAUAUGUACUCUUGAGGGCACUAAGUCAAAUUAUGGAGGGCCAAGCUUCAGUAAAAACUCUUAGCUGAGGAGAGAAUGUGGCUUGGGGUUGCCAAAAGGAGUCCCAUAGGAUGAUGGAUUAAAGGAAACUUACUGUAUUACACAGAACUUAAUUUGUGUUCUGAUGGCUGAUCCUGUAAGGUGCCAAGCAAAAACUCAAGGGGAGGGGAAGGUACAGAUCACCUUUCAGGAGGAGCUUUGUAAUUUGUGGGAUUGGACCCUCUCUUCCUAAAGUUGGAACUGGUGCUGUAACCCCUGCUCAUGAGAGCAGCCCCAUUGACUGCAAUUGUUUGUACAUCUUAAUGUAUUUGUGUCUUUUAAUGCAUAGCUAGUAGAGUCUCCACUCUAGAGGUUCAGGGUGUUUUGUGUUUUGGAGUUGGGAUAAGGUAGCUUUGGGAUAAGGGUUUUUUUUACCAAGGCUUAUCUAGGCUAUGUAACAAGUUCUUACUGCCCAUUAUUCUUGCCAUGGUUUUUGUUACUUUAAAGCGAAUCAUUCCUUUAUUAUUUAGCAUUUAAUACAUAUCAAACAUUGAAAGCAUCAUUGUAUCCUCAUUGUUUGGUCAACAUUACUCCUAGCUUUCCUAGAUACUAAAAGCAAUUGUUUUUACAUGAGGGUGUGGGUUAUGUAUAAGGGUAAAAUUUUGCAUAUGUUGUAAUAAAUAUAUAUAUAUUCUAUUUUCAAAUGAAAAAUAAAAUUAUAAUAUACAAAGAAAACUGAAUAGCUCAGUAGCUUCACAGAGGGACACUAUUUGCUGCAUACCACAAAAAGAAAGAUAAGCUGUUUAUUUUUUUAAAAGGCUCCCUGUUUCUUCUUGUACAUCAUUUCUACAGUGAACAGACCUAAUCCUGUAGUCUUGUACUCACAUGAGUAGGCCCCAUUGACAUCAAGAGGUCUAAUCACUGGUGUAAGGGCUGCAGGAUCAGGCCCUAAGCAUUACACACAAGAGAUAUUUUGUCAUUCUUGCCAUGAUCACCUUAUAGGGUUUUAUUUCUAACAGCCCUUCUGGUUCAGGAACCAUACUUUUCUGUCAUGCAUGAUUAAAGGAACAUGUUAGAUUCAUAUCUGAUGUUCCCAAUAGAGGCAAAGUGGAAGCAUGUGCUUGCUUUUAAGAAAAAAAAAAAAGUUUUAGUCUCUUGUUUAGGUAACUAGAUUGUCUAAGAAACUGAGUAGGCUAGAGGUGGAUAUUGCAUGCUAUCCAGUAAUCUAGAAGUACCUCUAGCUGUUAAAGUCGUGAUCAGAUAAAAUAUUUUUGAUAAUUAAUGGUUACUAUCCCAGAAACUGCAUAAUUUGGAGUAAUAUAAAACCUAGUGAUGUAUGUCUGCAAAAGUUUCAUUUUAAAACAUCAGUUUUAAAAAUGUUAAAUUCUCUGAAAAGGUCUUUAUUGUAAAAAUGUAUAAGAUGACCAUGGCAUAAAUGGGAGGGCAGCUUUCUUUUAAAAGAUUUAUCAUGCUACAGCUGAGAAGUAUACAUUCAGUACUAUACACAUUUUAUAGACCUUAGAUAAAUUCUUUCCAUGAUAGUUAUUUUGUAAACGUUUACGUGGUGUUCAGUUUUCUAGAUGGGAAUGGAUUAACAAAUUAAGGGCCUAGUCCUGCUCCUUAGGAAGUCAGUAGGAGUUUGAGGCCCUAAGCACAGACCGGGCCAGAGCCUGCAAACCUUUGGUCACAUAAUCAGUCUAGGGUUGCCAACCCCCCAUGAUUGGCCUGGAGUCUCCCGGAAUCAGCACCAAUCUCCAGGUGACUAUUGAAAGCAACCCAGGAGAUUUUAAUAGGCUAUUUUAAGAAAAUGACAUCACCUCAUGUUGGGGGGAGAGGGGGAAUAUCCCAGAAUAGCUUCAGUCAGAGUUGGCAACCCUAAAUUAGGCUUUGUCUACACUACCAAGUUUUGUUGACAAAACUUAUGUCGACACCCAAAAGUCGCCAAAGGGUGUUCACACUUGCUCCCUCUGUCGACAGAUCAUGUCCACGUUGUGGGCACCAUCAUUGACAGCAUAAGCAAUGCACUGUGGGUAUUUAUCCCACAGUGUAGUGUUGUGGGAAGGUGGAGCUGACUACCACAGCCACCUCAGCAAACUCUGCAUGCUGAGGCAUGUCAAAGCAGAGCAGCAGUCUCUCCUCCCCCUCUCCCUGGGACAGCAGUCUGUCUGCUGCUGUGUUCCUAGUGCAGGGCAGAACAGGAGUAUUCCAAUGAUUUGCUCUUUGUUCCCCACAGGGAACAGCACACUUCCCGCAGCUUUGAAAGGGGAGGGGCACAUGCCUGCAGGGCAGGAGAUAUCAAAACACUGAGCAGAGCAAUCAGGGCAGGCAUUGUGGGAUACUGGCGGAAACCAGUUCUGCCGACAAAACAAACAGCAGUGUCUACACUGGCUCUUUGUCGACAAUAAAGGGAGGGGAAAAGAAAAACGUCUCUCGUAGGGGUGGAAGCUUUUUGUCACCGAAACCGGGCGUUUUUUCCAACAAAAGUCGCAUUGCAGUGUGUAUGCUCUCACUGUUUUGUUGCCAAAGGCAGUUUUUGGUGACAAAACUUGGUAGUGUAGACAAAGCCUCAGUCCCAUUGAGUGGUCAUGUGAGUUAGGACUGUUCACAUUAGUAAUAGCAUGCAGGAUUGGGUCUUCAAUUUGGAGUGGCAGAGGUGUGUUAACUGAUUAAAGAAGGAGUUUAUUCAUUUUCCAACUUCACACAACUAGAAUAAGCAACUUAUUUUUGCCAUUUGAUAGUCUAAUGCCAAAUGCUUCAAAUAAUGUGUGACUGAAGGCACCUUUGUGUUAAUUUAUUUUUAUUAAUGUAAACAAGUUGUUUACUUCUGCCUUUUAGAAUGUAGAGCAUCUGUGAGCAAAGUACUAUGUAACUGUAAACACAAAUCUUUCAGGAUUGUUAUAAUUAGUUUUUAUACUAUAAAAGCUACUAUGUUGUUCCUUUUAAAAUUAAUAAUGGUUAUUUUCUUCUGGCCUCUUACCUCUUACC